CCUACAACAUAAAAAAAUGAUUUGUUUUGGCCUAGUGUUUGAUAAGGAACAGUUUAUCAACAGUGAAAACUGUACUUUGGGUGGUGAUGUUUACCAGGAAAUGAUUGGUAAUUAACAACAAUAUUUGCCAUGGUUUUGAUCGAGUGAAGUGAAAAGGUGCAUCGCAGUAGGGUGGAAGAAGUUGUGCUUUCUCUUGUGGACGGCACUAAGUAGUAGUGAGAACAACAAUCAAAAACAAAUCACGUUCAACAAAGGCAAAUACGUUUAUCAAUUGCCAGUGAAGGAUUCAAAAUGAGAUCAGUUUGCCUGCAGGUUGUAAAGUGUUUCCUCUAUUUGGUGCUUCUGUUGGUUUUCAUUCUCUUCAGUUUUGCUUCGCGUGUUCUGUUCGUAUGAAUCGGCCUUCCUGAUUCUGCGACACGCUUCGGUUCGAUUCUGCUUCUUUAUCACUCGGAGGUAUUCAUCCAGAGCGACAAAUCAAAUAUCUGUGUGACUCAUGUGACGUAGGAACCGUUUUACAAGCAAUCAAUGAAGCAAGAAUAAUCCGUAACACAAAUCAUUCGCCUAAUAAUGUUCGCAGAGCGCAACUGGCGAACAAAUCUCGAUUUCGUGUAGCCCGUUAGCACCAUCGACUGAAUCGGCGGCGGACAGCACCACCCGUGCUACCUUGCCCGAACAAUAACAUGACCGAAGAAGAUGAAAUCCGAUCCGCGAUUCACUCAAUGUAUAGCCAACAGUAUCAUCAGUACCAGCAGCAGUUCAUGCCGGCUAGUUUUGCAACAGCAGCACCACCACCACCACCAUUAUCUCAUCACUCGUUUGGCUCUUCGGGGAUGCCAGGCGGCUCAGGGUGUAAGCAUCACAUGCCACGAUCACAGUCCCAUAUGGUUAAUCUGCUGAGUGAAGACUUCAUAGCCGGCUACAUGGACGAGGGACGGAUGUCCGUUGUUCGCAGAUUCUUCUGCCUGUUCGUUACCUUCGAUGUUGUGUUCAUCUCGUUGCUGUGGAUAAUUUGUGUAAUGAUAACCGGUGACAACAUCGUGCAUGCCCUGCAAACCCAAGUAGUUCACUAUACCAUCUACACUUCGCUGUUCGACGUGGUUGUGUCUGCGUUGUUGCGAUUUUUGUUUUUAAUCUUAUUUUACGGCCUGUGUCAUCUGAACCAUUGGGUUGUUAUAGCGCUGUCCACCACCGGUUCGUGCGCCUUUUUAAUCUACAAAGUGUUUGUAUACAACUGGACAGCCACCCCGCAGCCCGUUUUCGAGGUUUUGCUCAUCGUCGUGUCGUUCGUGCUCGCAUGGGGAGAAGCAUGGUUUUUGGACUGCCGUGUGAUACCACAGGAGCGUUACGCUAGAAAUUAUUAUGUCGCAUUGACCAAUCCAGCGGCGGAGGCUCGAACGCCACUUUUGGCACCGUUCCUGAGUGCGGGCCUGAGUGGACGAACGGAAUCAGUGGGGAAUUACUACUCUCCGUACGACUCCAUCCACAACAGUGACGACGAGGAGGAUGCACAGGACGAGGAGUUCAAAAAGAUGGGCGUCGAAUGUGUUCGCAAGGCUUACGAACUGCUCGAGUCAACGGACUGGAAGCUGGAGAAGAUGACUUCCAAGGGGGAUACCAUCCAAAGCUGUACAAAGGAUAAAGUAGGAAAAAUUUACAAAUUAACGGCGAAAAUUCACUACCCCGCCAAAAAGUUGCUGCAAGAGCUGUAUUACAAAAUUGAGGAUGUUCCGAAUUGGAACCCUACUUUGCUGGAGUCGAAAAUCAUCCGAAAAAUCGACAGCCACACUGACAUAUCCUACCAGGCAACGAUCGGUGGAGGAGGUGGAGUGGUGAAGUGUCGUGAUUUCGUGAAUCUUCGGUGCUGGCAAUUGUGUCGCGAUGGACGUGUGAUAGAAGGCGUCGAUUUGCAUCCAACAAAUUCCCUAGCACCUCUGUUAACUCCCGUUACCGAAGAAAGGGGCGAGAAUUAUGAGGACGACGAUGAUGACGUCAUGGAUGAUGCUGACAGUGAUGAAGAGUGUAUACUGGAAAAGCAAUCGCCGAAGAUGUCUAAAUCCUGUAGCGAAUUUAAGCUGGAAAGUAGUAAUAAUAGCGAUAAUAAUGAACAGGCUACGAAGAGAGCGUUUUCUUCGUUGAGCAAAAGUCUAGGGGCGCAGGACUUCCAGCAUGGUGGAGCUGGUGGUGCCAAUUCUGAUCCGGAGGAUGUAUUCUCAGAUGCACUUACCGAGCAUCAGGAUCGAGCGAGUGAAUCUGUUUUGAAGGUGAAUCCUGGGAGGAGUCGAAGAAAACGUCCAGACGAUGAGGUGCAAAAAGGAGGCAACGUGUAUGUGAGUGCUGCUAUCAGUAUAGAUUACCCUGGUGCUCCUGUUUCUAAUAAGUAUAUUAGAGGUGAAAACAAAGUGUCAUGCUGGGCGAUGCGAGAAAUUGAUAAUCAAAAAGAGUAUUGUAUAUUCGAGUGGCUGCUCUGUUUGGAUUUGAAAGGCUAUAUUCCACGCUAUGUGCUAGAUACUGCCUACACAACUCUAAUGCAAGACUACAUGACGCACCUCCGCAACUACGUGUCGGAGCUUCGGAUACAAGGAAAAGUGCCUGCAGCAGCCGACCUACAAUCCGCCCCCAAUUCCACCAAAAUGUCCGCCGGCGGCGCAAAAGCUUCCUAGUUUACUCCCAAUUAGUCAACAACUCCUUAUUAGUUUAGUUUAUUCUACAAGUCAAUAAUAUUGCAAUUCACCCUUGCCCAUAUUUUAUUCCGGUUGAUUUCUUUUUAUGUUCCGCAAAUCAUUUGCAAUGCAUAAUGAUGUUACUUUACGAAAAUAAAACGAAAAAAAAAAAAUCAUUUCUGUUCGGGCCUAUGAAGACUAAAAUAUUAUCAUUAUUUUCAUCUAUUUUCGUACUGACCGCUCUAUUAUAGGAAACGAAAGAACUGCUAUUUGCUAAGUGAACUUAUUCCAAUAGGUAAAUCGAAGUUUUCAUUUGCAUUACGAAUGAAAAAUAUACCUUCAAAGUCAUAGUUUAUUGUUGAAAUAUUUUUCUGUAGUCGAAGCUCUCAACCACAUACAGUAACCGAUCAAAAAAAAAACACACGUUCGCAAUUAGAAUCGUUUUCCCGUGGCGUAUUUUGUACUUUGUGAUAUAAAUACAUUUAUUCUAUACACAGAGAGUGAGAAGACGUUGGCAAA